CACCCCCCUCCGCCCCCUCCACGAGGUCGUGCCGCCGACAACAAAGCCACCCCCGCCGGCCGCUGGUCGCCGUGGAUCCGCCCAGCUCAACACUCCACGCACAGCGGCCAGGUCCGGCGGGUCGCGCGCGGCUGGUCCUUCCCUCUGUCCCGGCCCCGGUCCGGACUCUCGCCCAGCCGACCCCUCCUCUCGAUAUCCGGCGGACCUGAAGGGCGACAUGGUGCGUCGCAAGGCCUCCAAAUCGCGGAGCCGGUCCGGGGCCAAGCGGGGAGGUGGCGUGAAGAAGAGGGGCGGCAAAGCAGGGGCUUUCCUCAACUUCGUGCGUUCCAUGCGCGACCUGUUCCCCAACCACACCCCCACGCGGCUCAAGAAGGACUCGCAGGCGCUCUGGCGGGAGAUGAACUCCGAGGACAAGGGCAUGUACUCAUCGCAGCAGAUGUGCGGGCCUGGUCGGAUGGGUCGUAGCCGCAGCCGGAGCCGCAGUCGCAGCCGUCGAAGCCGCAGCCGAAGCCGAAGCCGCAGCCGACGCAGUCGAAGGCGACGACCUGGCCGUUAACUGAAGUCAGCUGCCCCCCCCCCCCCUAAGAAAACUGGUCAAAAUCUAAAGUUUGAAGUCAAGUCAUCGACGUCGGCGGUUUUUGCUCCUAUAUAUUAGAGUUCUCCUGGAGGAGGAAAGCGAAUUUAAAAAUUGAUAAGUUGCGUUAUUUUCAAGAAUAUUUUCAACAAUUUUCAAGCCACCUAAGUAAAUGUUACUUGGAUACUAAUAAAGUCUAGUAAUCCAAACCGA